GGCGGGGCCGGUAGAGGCGGUUCGUGCCGGUCCGGUCGGUGGUCUCCGCCAUAUCGGGCUGUGGAAUGCAGAUGGAGGGCGGCAAGCAGCUAUUCGCUCAGGCCUCAGCCGUCUCCAUUCACACCGGCAACAUCGUCAACUGGAGCCGGCUAAAGAAGAAAUGUCCAACCUCGCCGAGCGAGGAGUUACAGGAUUGUAUUCGGGAGACUCUGGAGAAAUGGUGCUCUCAGGUCAGCCCCGAGCUGCUGAAGGAACCACCUGCUACUCUAGAAUGUACCAUAACUCAGGAUGUGGACUCGAUAAGUCCGGAGGAAAGAGAGGAAGUAAAAGUGUCAGUCAGUCUCUCUCAAUAUUUUCUAUGUGCAGCAAAGCUUUUUCUCAGUGACCCUGACUCCUCGGGCAUCAAGGAUGCUGUGAAAAAAGCUUGUUCGGCACUUGCAGUUUCACAGCUGGACUCUGUGAUUAUUGCUCCACCUCCACUUGAAGAUGGCGCUAGCCUUUCUCUCUCUCACCUGCAGCCAUAUUGGGAGGAACUGGAAACUCUUGUUCAAAGUCAAAGCAUUGUAGCAAUUGGUACAUCUGAUUUGGAUAAAGUACUUUUAGAGCAACUCUAUCAGUGGGCUCAGGUGAAACCUAGCAGCAACCAGGUAAAUUUAGCUUCCUGUUGUGUGAUGCCACCAGAGCUUACUGCCUUUGCUAAAGAAUAUGACAUACAGUUACUGACUCACAGUGACCCUAAAGAACUGAUACCCAUGUUAAGUUUCCAAGAAGCUGUGAUAGCCAGCAUUCAAGACAAUCUGGCGUAUGAAUGGAUAACAAAGUGGGUUCUGCGCUAUUCAGUAAUUGUUAAAAGCAGAGGAAUUAUUAAAUCAAAGGGCUACCUGGUAUAUGCUAAAAGAAUUCGAUAUUAGGAUCAUCUUUGAGACUCCAGCUGAUUGGAAUAGCACUUUUAUAAAGGAAUUUAUGUAUGAUAUGCAAAAGGAAGAAAUCUUUAGAAGCUGCACUACUGACCAAAUGCCUUUUGAUCCUUUUUGAUUUAUUACUGGGUCCAAGAUGAAUUUAAGAAAGGAAUAACUUCUGAUUUGAAAAGAUUGCAUUGUAAAAUCCGAUUGUGUUUUGCGUACUGCACUAUUUCCACCUGUUGAUUUAACUGGCUGUUCUGUUAAAUUUCCUUUUUUUUCUUUAGGUAUUUUUGGUUUAAAGAUGUAUGUAUUGAAGAUUUGCAAUUACUUUUAGUUCAUUUUUUGGGGGAACAAGAUAUGCAUACUUGUUCAAAAGACACUAACAACUAAUAAAAAUCUUAGACAGAUGCACAUUUGUGGUCCACAACUUAUCUGGAUAAGCUUCUGGCUGAUUCCUUGGUAGGUUACAUGUGUUUGGCAAAUGCCAAAGUCAUUUCUAUUUAUGCAGCUAAACUUUUCCCAUUUGCAAAUAGUUGUCAUUGAAAUAAUUUUCCCAGGUACUGAAUUGAUGCUACAUUGUCUAACAUUAUGAAAUUUAAAGUUAACGUUUUAAGAAAAUAAUUUUUUUGAAGAUUUGCUGCUGUGUGUCAAGAAAGGCUUGAUGUACAGUUACUGAUAUUUGUGAUGGAGUGAACAUUUCCAACUUCCUCCCACCAGCCUAUUAUUUUCCACUCUCUCCAGAUCAGCCUCAAAGAGAUUUGUUUGAAGUUGAAUAUCAGUGGCAUGUAGAGAAUAGCAAGUGGACCCUGCUGAAAUAAGCCCACAGAAUAACAACAGCACAGUCUUGUUGGUUUUCAGCAAAUUGUCAACUCUUUUUUGUAUUUAACAAAUGCCAAUGCAUUACUCAGUUUGUUUAAUUUUAAAAAUUAAUACGUCAUAUUGCUUUAGAACGUGGGAACAUGCCAUCACAAAACAUUCCCUGCCACGUAGCAGUCAUUUGAUAUUUGGGAUUUCCUGUCUAGGUUUGUUGAGGUGAACAUCAUAAAGCGGUGGAGAACAGAGCAAAGUUAGUUAUCAAGUGUUACACAGAGUAGGACAGAACAGUUACAUCAAGGGAUUCUCUGAGGGCUCCUUUUUGUUGGGUUAAGUGUAGUGCUGCUGUCCACUUGAUUUUGGUGGAAUGGUGACAUUAUAAUACACUGUCAUUCUGUAUGCAUGAGAGUAUGUGAAUUUGGUGAGCAAGGGCUUUUGAAGAAAAAUCCAUUUAAUUAAACCACAAAGUAAUAUUCAUCCUACAUCUUCAGAUACUGGCUGUUCUCGAAGAAGGUCUUGACCAUAAAUCAUGGGGAUGCCACUCUGGAGCAUUAUCCUUCAUAAAUGUUGAUUGAAAUUGUAACUUGGAGCCACGUUUGGCCAUAACUUAUUGGUUUUUUUAAACUAUCAACUUUGUGCUUAACAUGUUUAGGCUGAAGUACUGUAUAAGCUUGAAUGUAUAGUAGUUCUAAUGAAAUUAUACAUAUCUGGAAAUAGUGAAUUUAUGAUGAAAUGUUAUAUUUUGUUUACUUGGCUAUGUAAUGGAUUUGAGGUGAU